CCUGACGCCUUCUUCAAGAAUGGGAUCAGGUCAUCUAUACACAAGGACUGGGUUGACAACGAGUACCUGGCCUUUUAUACCAACGAUGGACACAUAAGUCUCUUCAGCAGAAUGAGUAUUACAUUAAUGUGUCACUUCGACUUCCACCACUAUCCUCACGACGAGCAAAAGUGUGAGAUGCUGAUACAGAGCUUAUCAUACAAGUCAGAGAUGGUUCAGUUUGAGUGGUGUGAGGACUGGGCACCAGCCACCAGCAGGCUGGAUCACGAUAUAUUUUCUCUGCCACACUUUACCCUUGCCACCUACGAACACCAGACCUGCAAUGGUGACAUCCCGUGCGUGAAGGCAGUGUUUGUGCUGGUGAGACAUCCUGACUUCCACAUCCUUCACACCUACGUUCCUACUGUGCUGAUAGUCAUCCUCUCGUGGAUGUCCUUCUGGAUAGCCCCUGACUCCACACCAGCGCGAGUAACAUUAGGAGUGACUUCUAUAUUGACUAUGGCCACCCAGUACUCUCAGUCCACCAAGAAUCUACCUCCCGUGUCGUACAUCAAGUCCCUGGAUAUCUGGAUGAUCACGUGCAUGGUGUACGUGUUUGCCGCCCUCCUGGAGUUUUCUAUCGUCUAUCACGUACACUACCGCCGCUCUCUCACUGGUGUUCGUGGCCUUAUUACACCCACCUCCACCACUAAUGGUGCCACUCAGGUCACUCAUGUCAAUCAGAUCACUCAGGGACUGGCAGGACCUCGUCUUCAGCGUCUACGAGACUCUUGGGUAGAGUUCUGGAGGGGUGAGACAGCCAUUGAUGAAGCCUCAAGAAUCCUCUUUCCUCUCACCUACUUCUCCUUCGUUAUUGGCUACUUUGUCCUCUUGACGGGAUCACAACAGAAGGGAUUCCUGUCCCGCCCUCCCACCUAGUGCCCCGCUGCUUAGGAGGAUGGAGAUCCUUCUUUUAGAUCACCAGUAGGAUCUCCUAUUCCGUCCGCAGCUCACGGGGAUGAAGAUUCUUCUGGGAGGAUCUGCUCUUCCUUUCAAAGGAAUGGAGAUCCUUCUUUUAGACCAUUGGAAGGACUUGCAAAUCGAGGAUAUUAAAGCAAUCUAUAAAUAGUAUUGCACACUCCUUAACACGUAUGACUUGUGAGUCAUAGGUUUAAGAUAAUGCCAGACACAGGUGAUACCAGGUAUGCAGGAUGACCAUAGUGAAUAACACAGUAAAACUCUACACUAGUAAUUCCGUGAUGUCUCUCGUGCGAAAGGGCUUAGCAGUGCCUUUUAUUUACCCACGUUUCGACCGUUUCUAAAUGUCAUUCAGUAAAAAGGCUUUUGCUUAUUUAUAUUUAAUUGACCACUUGUCAUCCGUUUCCCAGCUAUGAGGACAUUUUGACUGUGUCUUUCACUGUGGUUAUGAAGCACAAUGAUACUUCUGCAGGAAACACGAGUGCACAAGCCAAGUCAACUAUACAAUGAUAUUUUUUGUUGCCUACUUCACAUACGUUAGAAAUAUUUAAUAUACGACAGUGGAGACCUGAAGCUCUGUCUGUCUGUUUCCCCCCCCCUCUCUCUCUCAUCAGUGCUAAUAUAUAUAUAUAUA